UAAUCUCAUUGGUUUUAAUAGUUUAGAUGAAAUGACCUGGCGUCUCUCUCUCUCAAACAGCGAAGGUUGUUGUGGAGGCGGCGACGGAAAGACGGAGAUGAUACUUACGGAGGAAGCUCUGAGGAUAGUACUCGGCAUGGGCUUCCUCCGUUAGUCAUAUCACUGCAGGAAGCGCUUGGGAAAGUGUUUGGCGGAGGAUAUUCGCGCUCCUCCUGAUACUCUACCACCAUACUAUUCUUUCAUGACGUCAUUGAAAGCUGGCGACUUUGGCUAUUCAUUGUUUGGUUGUCUCUAUGAUCUAAAAUCUGCUCUUAGUACCUGAGUAUAAAUUGGCUAUUCUCACUGUCAGUGAUACUGUCUCAGCUGGGGGCUGGACCUGAUCGAAGUGGACACAGGCUGUAUCAGUGAUUAAUUUCUCUUCAGACCUCAUUCUUACACUUGGUGGUACUGGCUUCACUCCAAGAGAAGCAAAAAAAAAGAAGUGAUCGAGAGAGAAACACCCGGUCUUCUCUUUGUUAUGAUGCGAGAGAGCGUAAAGAUCACGCCAUUUGCGACGCUCUCACCCUCUGCAGCAAGAAUUAGAGAGGCUCAACAUUGAUAAUCUACAUACCUGGGAACCUAAACGCAGUAGCCGAGUGUGUGAAGGCGCUGUUACCAGCGUUGAAGCACGCCCCGAAGCAGAUCAAAGGAGACAAGAGAGAGAGAGAGAGAGAGAGAAACAUCCAAAGCAUAUGGCAGAAGCCACCGCACCACCGGCUGACACAUGGGAGCAGACGACACAAAAGAUGGUGGCUGUUCUUGUACUCACUGAAACUUCUCAGCUUCUCUGGUCAAUGAAUCAGUCCCCAAUUGUGUUUGUGUAUGAGUCUCCUCCUUCCCCGGCGGAGACUGAACAGAAAUAAUAGGAGCAGUUUGAAGAAAGGGAAGACUAUAAGAAUGGGUCAGCGCGCUCUUCAGAGAGUCCCGCCGUCGCUUCCAAGCCGCACUCCAUCUCUUCCACCACCGUCUUCCUCUUCCCCCUCCCUCCGUUGCGCACCCUCCUCUCGCCGCCCCCUCCGUCCCAGAGCAAUGUCGUCCCACAUUGUCGGUUAUCCCCGCAUCGGUCCCAAGAGAGAGCUUAAGUUUGCACUAGAGUCCUUCUGGGAUGGGAAAACCGGUGCUGAGGAUUUGCAAAACGUUGCUGCUGACCUCAGACGCUCCAUAUGGAAACAUAUGGCUGGUGUAGGGAUCAAAUACAUUCCCAGCAACACUUUUUCUUACUAUGAUCAGAUGUUGGACACCACAGCGAUGCUUGGAGCUGUUCCCUCUAGGUACGGUUGGGAAAGUGGUGAGGUCGGGUUCGAUGUUUACUUCUCCAUGGCUAGGGGUAAUGAUUCUGUUCCUGCUAUGGAAAUGACCAAGUGGUUUGAUACAAACUACCAUUACAUUGUUCCUGAGUUGGGUCCUUCUGUUAAAUUCUCCUAUGCAUCUCACAAGGCUGUGGAGGAGUUUAAGGAAGCCAAAGCGCUUGGUAUAGACACAGUUCCCGUGCUCAUUGGUCCCAUGACCUACUUGCUCCUCUCAAAACCAGCUAAGGAUGUUGAUAAAUCUUUCUGCCUUCUUUCUCUGAUUGACAAGAUUCUUCCCGUCUACAAAGAAGUUUUGACUGAUCUAAAGUCUGCUGGUGCACGUUGGAUUCAGUUCGACGAGCCUAUACUUGUGAUGGAUCUUGACACCAACCAGUUGCAGGCGUUUUCGGAUGCCUACUCUCACAUGGAGUCAUCUUUGGCGGGGUUGAAUGUUCUUAUCGCCACAUACUUCGCAGAUGUUCCUGCUGAAGCGUACAAGGCAUUGACGUCGUUGAAGUGUGUAACUGGGUUUGGAUUUGACCUCGUUCGUGGAUUAGAGACUCUUGAUUUGAUCAAAGUGGAUUUUCCUCGUGGGAAGCUGCUAUUUGCUGGAGUUGUUGACGGAAGAAACAUUUGGGCCAAUGAUCUUUCUGCUUCGCUCAAGACACUACAGACUCUUGAAGACAUUGUUGGGAAAGAAAAAGUUGUGGUCUCUACUUCGUGCUCUCUACUCCAUACGGCUGUAGACUUGCUGAAUGAAAUUAAACUUGAUAAAGAGCUAAAAUCAUGGCUUGCAUUUGCGGCACAAAAGGUCGUUGAAGUGUAUGCACUUGCCAGAUCAUUCUCUGGUGUUAAGGAUGAGGCAAUGUUUGCUUCUAAUUCCAUGCGACAAGCUUCUAGAAGAUCAUCUCCAAGGGUGACAAAUGCCACUAUACAACAUAAUGUUGCUGCAGUAAUGAAAUCUGAUCAUCGCCGUUCUACAAAAGUAAGUGCUAGGCUACAAGCCCAGCAGAAGAAGCUAAACCUUCCUCCUCUUCCAACAACGACAAUUGGAUCUUUUCCUCAGACAGCAGAUCUCAGACGGAUACGCAAGGAAUUCAAGGCCAGAAAGAUAUCAGAAAUUGAUUAUGUCCAGGCUGUCAAAGUCGAAUUUGAAAAGGUAGUCAAGCUUCAGGAAGAACUUGGGAUUGAUGUAUUGGUGCAUGGGGAGGCAGAGAGAAACGAUAUGGUGGAGUUUUUUGGCGAGCAGCUGUCUGGCUUUGCAUUCACAUCGAAUGGGUGGGUCCAGUCAUAUGGAUCCCGCUGUGUCAAGCCACCUAUCAUCUACGGUGAUGUCAGCCGACCAAAGGCAAUGACUGUCUUCUGGUCGUCAAUGGCACAGAAGAUGACCGAACGUCCUAUGAAGGGGAUGCUCACUGGUCCUGUGACAAUUCUCAAUUGGUCCUUUGUUAGAAAUGACCAGCCCAGGUAUGAGACGUGUUUCCAAAUUGCACUCGCGAUUAAAGAUGAGGUUAAGGACCUUGAGAAGGCUGGCAUCACUGUUAUCCAGAUUGAUGAAGCUGCAUUAAGAGAAGGAUUGCCUCUCAGGAGGUCCGAGCAAGAACUUUACCUUGACUGGGCCGUCCACGCAUUCAGAAUCACAAACUGUGAUGUGCGAGACACUACUCAGAUUCACACCCACAUGUGCUACUCAAAUUUCAACGACAUUAUCAACUCAAUCAUAAACAUGGAUGCUGAUGUGAUCACUAUUGAAAACUCACGGUCAGAUGAGAAGCUCUUAUCAGUCUUCCAUGAAGGAGUGAAAUACGGUGCUGGAAUCGGUCCAGGGGUGUAUGACAUUCACUCUCCUCGUAUCCCAUCAUCUGAAGAAAUAGCUGAGCGUAUCAAUAAGAUGCUUGCAGUUCUGGACAGCAAAGUCCUUUGGGUGAACCCUGACUGUGGCCUAAAGACGCGGAAGUACUCUGAAGUUAAGUCUGCACUGAGCAACAUGGUUGCUGCUACCAAGCUAAUCCGCUCUCAGCUAAAUAAGUCAUAAAGUCUUUCUCAUCCAUGAAAUGAAACAUGAAUAAACAAGAUUGAGAAGAAGAAGACAAAGAACCUGGAAGAUCAACGACAAGGAUCUCAGCGUCUGGUUCAGAGGUCCAUCUAGUUGCAGGCUCAAAUUCUUGGUAGAUUCUAGUUGCAGCCAUUCUCUCUCUCUCACUCUUUUAUAAUCUUUGGUUUAAAUAGAAGUAAUGUUUUUGUGUUGUGAGAAAGCAGAGAAACAUAUCAAAUGAAUUUAUAGGCAAAGAAGAUUAUUAUUAGACAGCAAAGAGUUUUGUUUGAUUUGGUUUUAGUUUGAAGAAACGAAGGCUUAAUUCUUUUGGUUUUCUUUGUCUUGAAGCUUUUAAUGAUUCUUUGGAUUGAGUUCAAUAUUAAGUAUACCUUUUUUAUUUGUUAUA